UGGAGUUCGAAGAUGGCUUACAAAUUGUUCCUUCUGAAUGGUUAACUGAAAAUAAUAAGGAAUGUAAAUGGCCAUCAUAUACAAGUCAAAUUAAGAUAAAUAAAGCAAUUAUGAAAAGAAUAUUUCCUUCUGAUGAUUGGCAAUUAUAUAAAAUAAUCCGUAUUUUUGGUAGCAGCGAUACAUAUGAUAAAGCUAUAGACAAACUUAAAUUAGCUGAACAAAUAUCCGAUAUAGAUGGUGAUGAUGGAAAUGACCUCAAAAAAUCGAGAUAUCAACGAGCAAAAAAAAAUGGUUCCUCUGCUGAUAAUUCUGAUACAAAUGACACAAGCAUCAAUAAAUUAAAAACUCGCAAUGAUUUAGAGUUAGAUGAUUUUCCUAAUACACCAAAAGCUUUAACAAUAAAUAAGAGCAAAAUCUGUGAAAUAAGGACAUCAUUAAUACAAGGUGAUAAGAAAAUGAAUCGAGCAAAAAAAUUUUCAAGUUCUUCUUCUGAUAAUUCAGAUAGAACUGACACAAGCAAUGAUUUAGAUGAAGCUUCUAAUAUAUCAAACGAUUUAAAUAAAAGCAAAAUGACCUAUGAAAUAAAAAAACCACUGAUAAAAAGUGAUAAGAAAAUAACUAAGCCUCUGAUACAAAUAAGUAAUGAAAAAGUAAUUAAUAUUCAGUCUAAAAAAAUUUCUGCAGUUACAUGUAAUAAAUCCAUAAGUUCACAAGAACAUCGAACAGCAAAUAAAGAUGACCUUGUUCCACAAAAUUCAGAUACAAUAUCUACAUCCAAUACUUGUAAUGCUGAGAUUGAUUUAGAUUUUCAUAAUUUAAUUAUCAGGAAACUAAAUGCAGUAUUGUUGAAUCUUGCAACAAUUGAUGAACGUUUAAUAAAGUUGGAUAAUCAAAUCAGAAGAAAUGAGGAUACGGAUUCAAAAGAAAAUGAAGAUUAUGAUUUCGAUUUGCCAGCAGAUACCGUAGAACAAUUACAGAGAAUUGAUAAUCAAUUAAAAAACAAAUGUAUUGCUGCAGAAAUGACAAGACAAUUGAGCCUUUUAGGAGGUAAGGAUCAUCAUGAUGUGAUUUCGUACAUGAUGAAACAUAUUUUAACAAAUAUGCAAUGGAAUAUAGUUGGGCUGGUGCAAAAUUGAAAAAUGCCUUUAAAAAUCUUCGCAUUACUAUAUGCAUCAUAAAUGCUGCGCGAACUUCAAGAAGCAAUUUAACAAAUAAGGAAAUUGAGGAUAUAAUUGCAAGAUGGCUAAUUUUAGCCAAGCAGAGAUUUGACCGAGAUUUGAAAAAGGAAGAACGAAAAAAGAGAUGCGAAAAUGAGGAGAUCUAAA